CCCUUCAGCCUGCCAAUGGAGACAUCCCCACUCGCCAUUUUCUCGACCGCUCUUCUAUUAACUCUCUACUUCUUAUUCCGCCGCCGGAGAGCCCCCAAGCUUCCGCCGGGUCCGCCGCCGCUUCCCGUCAUCGGGAACCUCCACCAGCUGGGCAACCUCCCCCACCGCGGCCUCCGCGGCCUCGCCAAGUCGUACGGCCCCAUCAUGUUCCUCCGCCUCGGCAACAAGCCCACGGUGGUGGUCUCGUCGCCGGAGGCGGCCGAGCUGGUCCUCAGGACCCACGACAACAUCUUCUCGAGCCGCCCGAGCGUGGACGCCCUCCGCCACCUCUCGUACGGCAACAAGGGGAUGGCGUUCGCGGAGAGCGGCGCGUACUGGCGGGGCGUGAGGAGGCUGUGCAUGCAGCAGCUGCUGAGCCCCGCGAAGGUGGAGUCCUUCGCGCCGAUGAGGAAGGAGGAGCUGGGGAAGGUGGUGGGGAGGGUGAGGGCGGCAGUCUCGGCGAGUGAGGCGGCGGUGGACGUGAGCACGGAGGUGGGGCAGCUGAUGGGGGACAUGGCGUGCAGGAUGGUAUUAGGGUGUAGCACAAGGGAUAAGUUCAACUUGAAGCCUGCGAUUCACGAGGCUCUCAACUUGGCCGGGGCUUUCAAUUUGGCGGACUACGUGCCUUUUCUUGGAGCUCUCGAUCUUCAGGGAAUAACUCGGCGCGCAAAAGCAGCGAGCCGGGCUCUGGACGAAGUGUUGGAGGACAUCAUCAGAGAACACGAGGAAGACACGACCGGUAAAUACAAGGGCGACUUCAUAGGCACGUUGUUGUCCAUGGUAGGCCGUUCCUUAAACAGCUCGCAAGACGAGCCGGUUCACAUUCUGGGCCGGACCAACAUCAAGGCCAUAGCCCUCGACAUGAUCGCCGCGUCGUACGAGUCCUCGUCCUCUGCGAUCGAGUGGGCCCUGGCCGAGCUGAUCCGCAGCCCGCGCGCGAUGAAACGCCUCCAACAAGAGUUGGAAGCGGUGGUCGGGUUGGGCCGGACCGUCGACGAGUCGGAUCUGCCGAAGCUGAAUUAUUUGGACAUGGUGGUGAAAGAGAGCUUCAGGCUGUAUCCGCCGGGCCCGCUCCUGAUCCCGCGCAAGUCCACGGAGGAUGUCGAGAUCGGCGGGUAUAAUAUCCCAAAGGGGACUCGGGUCAUCGUGAACGCAUGGGCCCUUGGGAGAGACACCAACGCUUGGGGCGAGGAUGUGGAGGAGUUCUUCCCGGAGAGGUUCGCGAACGGCAGCGUGGACGUCAAGGGGCAAGACUUCCAGCUCAUACCAUUCGGGUCGGGUCGGAGAGGCUGCCCGGGGAUGAACAUGGGCCUCGUCAACGUUCGUCUUGCUUUGGCCCAAUUAGUGCACUGCUUCGACUGGGAGUUGCCGGAGGGGAGGUCGCCGGACGAGCUGGACAUGAGCGAGGACUUCGGGCUGUCGAUGCCGAGAGCGAAGCACUUGAUCCUCAGGCCGAGUUAUCGCCUUCUUGUUUGAAAUUUCGCAGCAUUUCUUAUAUGUUACCGGCAGUUCAUGUUUGAG